CGAUGGGCGGACGUUUUAAUCACCAGCUUUCUAUACGUAUGCGAGAUGUUGCGGCCCAACAUAUCGGAUAUCUUUUUUUUUUAUUGCAACCCAUGCCCCAUGUCCUGACAGGAGAUAAUUGGAUACGAAAGUCAUCACCGCAGGAAGCGAGCCAGCCGGCCAGCAGCCAGCUGUUUAUUUUGAUUGUCGCAGCGUCGCAGUUGAUAUGGCGACUCCGACGGGGAGAGACCGGUCGGGUUGCGAUCCUGCCGAGAAAUUUUUCAUUUCGCCCGAAAACUGCGCUUUCCGCGGCGAAGGGAAUGCCAACAUCGUCGUCGCGCUAAAAAACGAGGACAGAGUCCUUCGGCUCCGUAAGAGCGCCACAUUCACCGAGGACACAAUAUCACUGAUAGGAGAUAGUCUACAGAAAUGUCAUAUGGAAGCAGACUUUAUCGAGCAUGUCGUGAAACCUCUCCUUGGAACCCGAUUCAUCCAUCCUCCGGUCCUUGUUCGAUUGACAGCUGAAAAUGUGAGGCUCAUCAAUAAGGCCGUGCACUUGGAAAGACCAUUGCACAGGUUAAAAAAGAAUGUCAAGGAAGUUGCUACUGUAGGACUUUUGUUUCCUGACCACUGCACCUUGCCGAGCCACCUCCAAAAAUUUGCUGAUGGUCCUGUGAUCUCUGUUGAAAUAAAGCCAAAGCAGGGAUUCCUGCCUAGUCCCCGUGAUCUCCCUUUUGAACACAAGGUUCGAGCAUCCGUCUGCAGAUUUCACCUUUCCCAGACUUUCAAGGUCAGCAAAGGGCGGAUAUCAUCACUCAGCAUGUACUGUCCUCUGGAUCUGUUCAGUGGGUGUCCUAGGCGAAUGAAAAAUGCUCUGAGAGAGCUUCUCUAUCACCCACAAAAUAAUCUCAGGGUUUUUAAGAACAAAGAACUUAUAUUUAGCGAAGAAUUAAGAACCAACCUAGAAGUCACGCUAAAGGAUUUCUUCCUCGAAUCAGGUCUAGUCAGCCGAGAAGACAACCUGUGCCACCUGGUCACGAAAAUCCUGCGGCACUCGUAUCCUGAAACUGUGGCAUUCAGUGCAACCAGUGGCAUCGGUGAUGUAAUCAAGCCACAGUCGUGCCCGUCUUCACACCCGUGCACUUGCACUACUAGAAUGAAAGCUGACCACCGGCUUCCUCACGGGUGCAUUUUGGACCUAGUGCUGCGGGCUCAGCGCCUGGGAUCCAUCGACGUCUCUACGGCCUAUCCCCUGUACCUCAGUCUCAAGGACACUCUCCAUUGCGCUGGAGAGAAACCACCACUGCUUGAGUACCUGAAGGAUGGAUACCCUGCUCCCUCUCUGCCCAAAGCUGUGGGCUGCCACGAACGCCAGAACUACGAGACUGACCAUACGUUCGCCUGCCGCAAGAUCUGGGAAUUCUUGGUGGCACUAACAGCUCGUGACUGCUCUAUCAUGCUUUCUCUACAGAGGUUGCCUUCUGUGGCUAAGGUUCACACCUGGCAGGAGGAGGACUCUGUUGUGGAAGACAGCUACGGACAGGCCUAUCUCUUCUCCCUGGCUGUUGUAGACCUGGAUCCGAAGUCAGUUGACAAACUUGAGAAGGUCUACUUCGACGACUGCAGUAUGAUUCGGACUGCCCGAUCGUGACCAUGUGGAGGCUCAGUGAAGCCAGGCAUGCCAACCAGGGGUUCUUGCUGUCAAUGAUGCUCCCUGUUUUAGGUGUCAGCAUUGUGCAUGGUAGGCAGGUGGUGCUUGAGGCUUGAUAAUGUGGGCAGGACAAUCGAGGUUUUAUUGAAAUUUUGUCAAUGCACUUGAAAUUUUCUACUACUUUAUGCUGGCAUAUUUUUCUGUUAUCACUUUCUAGGCCAUUAUAAUGGUAAAAUUUGAGAGUUGCCGUUAGAGACUAAAUUUGCAGGAUAAAAUUGCCACAUCUAAAGCCAAUGCACCACCGCUGUGACAAUAUGAAAGAGUUUAUAAUGAAUGAAGCCUACCCUAUCUUGGUCUUGUUGAUUUAUGAAGAGACAUUGCUCACGUGUUGUCCUUGAUCGACCCGAGUUUUUAAAGCCUUUCGUUGUGUUGGAACGAUGUUGUCGUUCUCCAAGUGCAGCGGUUGUUGGUAUGUUGCCUUUGUGUUCGGGAUAUUUCCUUUGUGACAUUUUCUUAAGCUCGGCUCACAAUGACAUGGUGAAGCUGAGUCUUUUGUUAAUAGCCACACAUCUUUAGGAAACUCCUUAUCUGUUUCUCUGUGACUAGUCGCUUCGUCUGUAUUUUAGCAGUCUUCUAACAGUGUUAAAGUAUCGUUGGUGGUUGUCGGGAGUCAUCAGUUCUUUUGAACAAUGUCUAGAGCAUUUACUUUGACAUUGUUCCUGAAACUCAACCUUUGUGGACAUGGCGAAGUUUCCUCCUUUUGCUAAAGCCUACCAGUUAAAAGGAAUUGUUGUAUGUUUCCUUGUCUUUAGUUAUUUCCUCCCUAUCAAUUUAUUAAUGAUGCUUUCAUGAAGCAUCGUUAAAUCUCAGUAGUGUCAAUAUUGCAAAGGGUCUUAUUCUCCCUGCUAAGUAAUGUUGCCUGUGAAUUUUAGAAGGAAAAGUUUUGUAGUUAUUGCAAAAGACAGUGUACUUAUUAGGAUAUCGGAGCCACUUCUGAUUUCAAUGUGAAAGCAACAUGAGAAAUUCAAGAAUGCUUGUUUGGCAGAUCCAGAGUCUCUUUGAGUUACUUUACUCAUUUGAGAAAUAAAAGUAAAUUCAACCAAUCGUUGGAACUAUAGUAAGGGUUAGGGUCUUGAAUCGGUUGCAAAAUUUAGAAAUUAGCAUCAAGUUUAGAACUUUGGAACUCCUCACUGAUAACAAAUGUUAAAUUGUGUAAAGCAGGCAAAUAUAUUUGUCUGCAGCUUUCACGAAUAUGUCAUACUGUUUACCUGAGUUUUACGAAGGUCUCGUGGCGCGAACCGGUAGCACAUUUCUGAGCAGUGUGUAAUAACACCAAUUUUGUCCAGUUUAGAUGCAGUUUACAAUAUUGUGAUAUGUGUUUUCAAUGUAGUUACCCAGUUGUCAACUUGAUGCUUCAUAUUCUUCAAGUUCUCCAAUUUUUGGCAAGUCUUGUAAAAGAUAUUCAAAAUUGGCAAAGUUGACACUUGAGCAGAACAAUUUCACCUGUAAAGGGCGCUUGAUGUAAUGCUUCAUGUCAAGUGUAAAGGCAAGUGGGCUGUGAGGAAGAGUCGUAUGACCUUGCAUUUAUAUUUGUGCCACAGACUUCUUUGCUCAGGUUUCUUCUUCUUAAAGGGCACUGGUAACUGAUUGUAUGCCUUGGAAGAUUAUGCCUCACAUUCAGAGAGUUCAUUCAGCAAGAGUACAGUGUUCAGGCAUCAGCCAAAAAUCUUAACUUCAAGUCAGUGCAAAAACUGCAGCAAUGCAAGAAGUGGCAGACGGUGUGCAGUUGCUUAUAACUAUCGUGUUGUGUGUUUCUAGCAUCAUACUUCGUAUAUGUUAGAGAUUGCAUAUUGAAAAAUGGCGCCAUUUUUUUUAAUGACAUGCUGAAUGCUACUCUUUCGAGCUGGAUAUCGUUUGGCAGUUACUCAUCUGCCACAUUACAAGCAACAGGGUCAUGAUAUAUUGUUUGACAAUCUCUUUAAUGAGUGCAAAUAGGCUACAUAACCAUUUGUUCAAAGAACUUUGUUUUGUUAUUUCCUUUUACACAGUAUUUCAAGCUUUUUUUUUUUUUUUUUCAGGAUGCAGUAGUGCCCUUUUCGUGCAUUUAAUGAGCAUGACCCGAAGGUUUUGUUUAUCAUACAAAUGAUCUCGUAAGCAGCAAGGUUCUGCUUAGACAGCAGGACAGUGAUACACUGAAUAUGCUGUCAUUGAAACCAGUCAUUUAAACCUGAUGUACAAAUUUGUUCAGGUUCAGAGCCACUUAGCUCUUUCCCAUUUCUACUUGGGCUCCUAUAUAAGAAAAGAAAUAGUAUGAGGAUGUGGGGAGGUAGGUGGUGAUUACAGGUUUGUACAUAGUGAAGUUUACAUCAGCCCUUAUAAUUGCCCGAGAGUCUGGGUGCAUAAACGUUUGUGAUACAUUCGACUGGUCACUUACUAGUCCUUUGGCGGUACACUUUACGUAGGACUGUUCAAAAUUGAGCAUGCGGAACACAAUCGUCAGGUUCAUUUAGAGCGCUCCAAGGUGCUCUCACCUUCGAGCUGUGAGUGCGACCAAUAUCCAACAGAGUUCCCGUCACGCGGCUCCUCCAAUUGCAUGGGGAACAGUAACAUUCGGCAUGGGCAGCAAUUCUCUGGCUCCAAUUUCAACAAGGCUUCACAUUGCUGUGAACUGAGCCGGAGCAUGGUAGGAACCAGCCAAAUGUACCAUUAGCGUCUCACAAUUAUUCUUUUAAAUAUAUGUGACAACACUGUCUUGCAGUAGUUGCUAUGAGGGUCCCAAUAAGCUUGUACAAGGUUGUCUGUUCGUAAAAUAAGCAUUGUUCUUAGAACAAUAUUAUUUUUCUCACCAAUACAACUUUGACGUUUUUUCUUCUCUAUGAGGAAGAAGGUAACCAACCAUGACACUUAGAGCUGACACCUAUGAAUUAAAUUUAGUCUGCGGGAUUUCCUAAGUUAAGCUGCCAUGAGCACUUAAGAAAUAAUAGCGAGGUGUUUCUUCGGGUAUUGGACAACCCAGUAUACCAUUGCUGGACGAAUUAAACUUUCAUGAAAUCAUGGCUGUACAAGAAGGCUUUGAUCCGUCUGCUUUACAACUUAUGCUAAGUGUUUGCUUGCAUGAAAUUCAUGAAGAAAAGAACACUCUUCAAAAAUUUAGUGUGUCUUUUUGAAAUAACGGAAUAAAGGAAGUGGUAACAGAUAAAAUAGCUUCAUUCUUUUUUUUUUUUACAUUGGUAAUACUUUACUGCUUGUGGUGGGGUUGGUGUGAAAUCCAAUAGAAUAGACUGUCAGGCUAGGUGGUUCGUGAUUAAUAAAUUGAAGACAUGACAAUGGGACAAAGACAGCACAUGACAAUGGGAUGGCAUACUAGUGUCUCUUUCUUUGUUUCAUUGUCAUUUGCUGGAAGUUGUGCAUAUCUGAACAAAUAGAGUGACAGGGGAGCAGCGUAGUAGUAUCUGUACAAAAUUUAGUGAACAUCCAGCUACCAGAAAGACAAUGUGCAGUUGGGUAAGAUGUACAACUGUACUGUCUUAUUUGUUUGGUAUCUGGAACAACACUGAAUAAUUUUGAUGGGGUUUAACUGCAGACUGAACCGAAACAUCCUUCUGCUCCUGGGAUUGCAAUGUUGUGAUACUCUCACCUUCGCCCUUUUGUUUCGACAAAAAGUACAGAAACUGAAAUGAUAACAAAAUUGCUUGUGUGAUUUUGUGGCUUACUUCUCAAAUGACGAGAGUUGAAUUAGGGGGACGCUAGCGUUUGGGGCCCCAAGUGCUAGGGGGCCCCAACCGCUAGUGUCCCCCUAAUCGUGAAACUCUCUAUUGACUAUACUUUUCAGGAGCUGUAGUAGUGUGGUGAUUAUGUAGUUGGCAGACAGGGUUGACCUGUCCACAAUUGUGAGAAGCAUAAAACAGGGAUGGAGAAGGAUUAACAGGACAUGCACUGUAGUUUGACAGGGCUUUAUUGAUGGAAAGUACUCGCACAACAUGAAAAACAUGCUAGCAUGCCCUAAGGAGACAACGGAGACUAGAAGAAGUUGAAAACUAACAGAUAAAGGAAAAAAGAAAAACUGUGAUGUCAUGUGUUUAAACAUAUUGCCAAAAUAGGUUUUGCCCAACCUUUGUCAGAUGAAGUACUCUAUAAAAUGCAAAGGGAAAAUGAAUGCACUUGAGCCCUCUCUAAAUGAUACACUUCCACGAGUUUGCACACUCGGAGAUCUUGAUGGUACAGCCAUUACAAAAUUUCAUCUAACUAAUUUGGGAGAAAACAAAAAGGAAAAAAACUUGUUUUUUAGAACCAGUUGUCACUUGUACAGCUACAUAGGACAAAUUUUGUGUGUACUAAAUCUUAUAAGAGUGUGCCUUUCUUUUUGAAUUUCGCUAUGUAACCUUGGCUCUCUGUUCAUCAUGUGAACAAUGGAAAGCUAAGAUAAUGGUGUUUUAGUGUUCAACGAAGGGCUGGUCUUUCAGUUGAAAUGUGUGAUUAAGUCAGUUGAGUGUGCGAUUGAAGUCAACUUCGAAAUUAGCGAAAGACUUAGUGUCUUUUAUCCAAACCUAGCCUUGUUCUGGCAAGUAGUUUUGAGGUUUAACUGUUUCACAGUCUAGCACAGUCACUUGUAUAUUUUAACUGAUAUAAUCUAUUAUGAUUCACAAAGCAUUUUCUCACUUUCUGUUUUAACAUGCACUAAACUGCUGUCACACAUGUAUUUCUGUAGCUGAAGAAGGAGGUUGUGGGUUUGAUUCGUGGCUACAGUGACCGUGUUUAAAUAGGGGUGGUGUGGAUGCAAAACUAUUUGUGUACCAGGACUUCAGUUCACGUUACUCUUCAAUUCCUAAGCUUUCCCAGAAUAAAAAAAAAGAAAGGGAAAGAUAUGUGUAGAAUGGGGGGGGGGUUCUGUUCUAUCAAAGUUUUCAAGGAUGGUGUGCCAACUUGAGAACUAUAUUGUAUUGCCAGUUUAUGUUUUAUAUAGUCUAAAAAAGUUAAUGAAAGAUGCCUAAUCUGAAACAAGGGCUCUUGUACAGCAUAUUUCGUAUGUCUCAAGUACGAUUGUCUGAACAGAUUCUAAAGAAAGGAACAUAGAGCAUUAAAGAAAAUGUACGAGUGCUUAAAUUCAGCUGCGUGGCAUGAAAUGAGUUGAUGGGUGCGUGACUGGCGGGCAAAGCGUAAAACCAAAGUCUAGGUGACUACAGCUCACCUUUGACAACAUUGGUACUGGCUGCUCUAACUAAUACAACCUAAAAGUUAAAGGUUAAAGAGCUCCACAUGGUCAAAAUUUUUUAGAGAUGGGAGUUCUUUGCUCUAUCUUAAGCCCAUAAACCCCAUAAUUAAACAUUAAACCAUAAUUCCUACAUGGCUGUUUUCAACGGCUGCACCUGUUAAUUGCCUUGAAUCCUGAUCCAAACAUCAGUGUGAAAACAAUGCUUCCCAGUGUCUCUGUAGUUACUGCAGUGUCAUUGUGCCGCUGCACACAUCAUCAGAUGUUUUGCAAGCCUGCAUGUUGGAAUUCUCGUAAAGAUUUACCAUGGCAAAUUUCUGGGUGUUGAGAAGGUGAGUGCUCCUCACUGGCCUGUGUGUUGGAGCACAAGGUGUGAUACAAAGGCCUUGCCCAAUUUCGUAGCAAGACAUCUUGUCAUUUGCAGUGUGGCUGCUAAAAUAUUGGAAAAGGCUACAUGUUUCUAGGCUGUAAGCAUUUGCCUGCUUUGUAGUCACAUCGUUUGCUUGCAGCAAGAGCUUUGCAUCCUAAGCUAGUUGUGUUAAUGCGUUGCUAUCUGGAUCUUCAAUUUUUAUUGCUUUACAACUUAUUCAGUGUUUCAAGCUGCCUGUCUGAUAAUUGCAUUUUUUUACAUGUUCCUGUGUGCACUUCUAAUGAACCUGCAACAUCUUAACAUUUUUACCUAUCUGCAUCACGAUCUGCUUCUUUUUUUUUUUUUUGUUGUCGUAAUUUUCCUUUUGCAUUAGAAGCUUUAUGUUCCAAGUCCAGCUUUUGUUUAUGCAAACAGAGCAAAUGUUAUGUAGGUACAUGUACACAAAGUAUCUCAUGACUGAGUCUUCCUGACCGAAAUGGGACCACAGUGAACAUAGAAAAAUGAUGCUGCUGCUUAUAAAUGAAGAAUGUGUUAUUUUUGAAAUGAAAAAAAGAAAGUUGUGAUGCAGCAUGCUAUCAUUGAGUCGUGUGAUUUAACUGAAGUAAAAUUGUCAUGGUUAUUGGCCCUAGUCGCUUAAUGUGCUCAUACAUUGAAGUAUUAUCAUGGUAUCUGUGAUUGUCAUCGCCAAAUGAUUGUGAUCCCAGAGAUACUUAAUGUAGCAGUAUCAUGGUAGAAUAAAGUACAAACUGACUGA